UUAACUAUGUCAAUCUUCCGCGCGCUCUCGCCGUAGUCGCAGCUAGCUCCGUGUCGGCUCCUUUGGUCCUCGCUACAUCAGCACACGUGAGUUUUCGGUCUUUCCUGUGUUUUUUCAACCGAGCACCAGCUUCCUUCUCUCGUGUUUGUUAUUCGCGCGAGUCGUUCGCGCUAGUUUCCUGCCGUGUCAACGCGAAAUUUUGACUUGUUUUUUCUGGGUGCGUGCGAAUUUUUCGGGCUCCUCGGAAAAAUUUCACCUCGAAAAAAGUAUCCUCCAUCUUCCCAUCUUACAAUCAUUUUCGUCUCUGGAGUACUUCCUGUACUAUCGUUUCUUAUCGCCUAGAGUACUUAAAGUUUAAGUGUCAUCGUCGAGUGUGUUUUAUAAAAGUGUUAAACAAUUUACCACACCCUAAGGUAAAAUUUUGAGUGUUUACUUCUCGAUCUCUUGAAAUUUUUGCCAUCUUAUUAUUCGAUUUGGUAGGUACCCGUCAGCUCUUAAAUCGCCCCACUUCUGUGUUCCGUCAGACCAUCGUAAAAAUUUGAGCCCAAUGUAACAUUUUUAUUAUUGAAUAUAGUUAUACCGAAGGUGUGCUAUUUCUGUCAUCGAGUCGCGUAUCCGCGAGGAAUCAGAUCAUUCGGGACUAAAAUUCAGAAAAUGUGCGGAGCUUGAAACUGUAAACUAGUGGAAAAGACUCAGUAAUUUUUCCCUCCUUUACCGUUGUCAUAUUUUCGUGUAGAAAAAAGUGCGCAGAGUGUCGGAAACAUCAUCCUCGCCACGAUGAGUGUCCUUUCCGAAUCUGAGGACGCGUAACCUCUCCAUCUCCAAAGAGCAGUCCUCAAACAAAACCAGGAGGAAAACAGUUUAUAACUCUUUUCGAUAGCGAUCGUCACCGAAAUUUUCAAAUUUUCGUCGCUGAAACUUUGCUUUCUUUAUGUGACCUCUCAUUGAAUUGAUGUCGUCUGAAGUGGCCUCCAGUCGAUCACCGUGAUAUCCUCCAUUCGCCACUUGCCUGUCUUCGCUUUACAACCCCCGGCGUGCGUUCAGUAUAACUGCUGGUCUUCUGCUGCCUCGCUACUGGUGGUUCUUCAGCUUCCUGUCUUCGUUCGACAACCGCUCGUCUUCGUUCGACUACUACUCGUCAUCGUUCGACAACUGCUCGUCUUCGUUUGACAAUUGCUCGUCUUCGUUCGGCAACUACCCGCCUUCUUUCGGCAACUGCUCGUCUUCGUUCGACUACCACUCGUCAUCGUUCGACAACUGCUCGUCUUCGUUCGACAACUGCUCGUCUUCGUUCGACAACUACCCGCCUUCUUUCGGCAACUGUCCGUCUUCGUUCGACUACCACUCUUCAUCGUUCGACAACUGCACGUCUUCGUUCGACAACUGCUUCCCUCUUUCGUCAAGAACCCGACCCGGUCGACAACCUCUCGCCUCCGUUCUCCGCGGGUCCUUCCUUUCCCCACAAGUUGCGUUCCCAUCGGUACCGGGUACCCGCGAAGAUGCAGCUGUUCGUGAUGGCGGUGAUCGUGCUGAGCGUGUCGCUGAUCACGAAGCUGGACGCGGUGCUGGAGCAGUCGUUCUCCGGGCGGGAGCAGAUCCUCUCCUGGGCGAACGGCGCGUACGCCUGGCUCAAGUCGCAGUCCUGCGCGGAGCCCGUCUUCGCGGACGAGAAGACGUGCCUGGACGUGACGGGGCGCCCCAAGGCGGAGGUGCGCCUCUACGCGGCCGGGCCCAACUCCAACGGCCCGCUCACGGCCGUCUUCCCCGACGGCGAGGCCCGCCACGCCGGCAGCCAUGACGCAAUCCUCGUCCUCGACCCCUACCCCAACCUCCGCUUCGGACACUUCGUCCUCAUGUUCUUCGUCGACUUCAACACCCCCAACGACAAGUGCGCCCAGGAGAACGGCACCCAUUUCGAUAACGGGGACUGUUUGUACCUGGCGAAGAAGCAUAAAUGCAACAACCGGAACCGCCAGUCCCUAAGGCGGCGUCUGUCCCACAGCAACCACAACUGUGAGCUGAUGUAUCUACCUCUGGUCCAUGUCGCCUCUGAGCCGGCCCACCAGAAUCAGGACCUCCUCGAGUGUCAGUCCAACAUGACGGGGUUCGAACCCAGUUGUCCGGGUCUUCGCGCUCGCUCCCUGACCAACCACAUGCAGUGCGACCCCCUUCUGCUCAACACCAACAAGUGUGACACCACUAGCUACGUCCGCACGCGGUGUCCUUUCAUGCAAACUUGCGAUCACGCGGUGCUACUAUCUGGCGGUUGGAAUCGGCAGCUUGGCGACGAAGGCAGUCUGCGCAACAUUUUCAAAAUGAAUGAUAUGCUUCGUAAAAAUGGGUUUCUCGAAAGCAACAUCAAGAUAUUUUUCGCAAAUGGAAUGAACCAUGAUGAGAUGGAGGGAUUGGACGUGACCGUGUAUUCCUCAGCGUUGAAGCUAGCUCUGCGAUACCACCUACGGACCGUCUGUGAAACGGAAUACUGCGCCGACUCUCUCGUCAUAUAUCUGCAUAGCCCAGCAAGACCCGACGGCGCCUCGCUCCUGUGGGACUCAGAUGGAAACGGCAAGUAUGACGAAACAGAGACUUACACGGUGCGGGAGUUCCUGCGGGACAUCCAGGGCUGCUCGGCGCGAAGAGUGGUGGUAGUGGCCGACCAGAGCUUCAGCGCGGAGCUGGUUUCAGCGGCCACGCAACAUUCGACGAGUCUCAACAACGUCGUCAUCGUCGCAGCGAACUCACCCUCCCGCAGGGAUCAGCUCACCCACCAUUUCGCUCACUCCACCCAUGAACACACCUGCCUCCAUCAACUCAUCAAGGGUUCCCGUCACGCUUUCAACGAGUCGGACCACUCGGUGUACGUCGGACGACAAUCAGGCUUACUGAACACGACCCUGAUGGGGGCGCCGUGUCACCUGAACCCCCCGCCCUCGGCGCUGGAAAUGUCACAAAAGUACCGUGGUUGUCAAAACCUGUCCACGCGGGACCUCAUCGUCGGCACCCACGACGAGUACACGACAGAGCCGCCAGACUCAUAGAUUCGCCACGAAGGUCACUCGGCUUGAUCGACAGGUUUCAGAGGUCCCGAGUUGAUUUUUUAGGUUCGAACCUGUCCAUCACGAAUGGAUCGUUCGCACAUAAUCGAGCCGCGAAACUCGUAGGUUAACCUGAUCGAUAUGAUGGACAGGCUCUAAGAGCCUCAGGUUGUUAUCAGGUUGUUUGAACCUGUUUGUUACGCGCUGAGCGCUUGCACCUGAUCAAGCUGCGAAACUCGUAGGUUAACCUGAUCGAUAUGAUGGACAGGCUCUAAGUGCCUCAGGUUGUUAUCAGGUUGUUUGAACCUGUUUGUUACGUGCCGAGCGCUCGCACUUGAUCGAGGAGGCAGAUUCAUACGUGAGCCCGAUGGGCAGGUUCCAAGUGGCUCAGGUUCUUAUCAGGUUGUUCAAACCUGUUUGUCACAAAUUGAUCGUCUUGCCAUGAUUGGUGCUUACAAUCUCAUGAAUUGGCCCCGGGCGUGUCGGAGCAGAUUUAGAAAUAUGUAGGGGCAAUGGAUGCCUUUUUGCACUAACGACCAUUUUUGAUUUGCCACGUCCCAAUUUUCAAAAACGUUACAAGUUGUAUUGUUCCUCAGUUAAGUACUUAUUGUUAGUGGUCCUUCUUUAGUUACAAAAUGUCCAAUGUCCAAAUGUUCAAUGUGUGCCCGGACCAUCAGAUUGUCGCGACCGUCUCUUUAUGCCCUGCCUGAUCAAUGGAUACUUUAGAAAGGCCUGAUGGACAGGUUCUGAACAGUUCACGCUAAAGGGUCUCCUGCUUUGUCACUGGUAGCUCCGCACGUGACGGAGUAAAUUUACUAAUUUGUAAGGGGAAACUUUUGAAUUUUUGAACUUACGACCAUUCUUGAUUUGCCACGGAUCAAAUUUUCAGAGACUUUAUAAAUUAUAUUGUUAUUCAGCUAAGUACUUAUUGUCAGUGGCUCUUCUGUAGUUACAACACCGUACCGUAAAUUUUGGUUUUUCCACAGGUCUUCAAGCAAUUGAAUUAGACUUGAGGGAUAUUUGUUUUGGAAUCGCUACAUGUCAUAAAAGAGCAUUUAUUUUGCAGAAUAUGGCAUGAUGCGAUUUGUACUUUCUCGGAAGAAUGCGUUCUUCAACAAAAAAGCGUACAAGCCUCCGUCCUUUUUGUUCCCCUCUGAAAUAAUAUGCCACUCACAUGCUGCGGUAAUAAUACGAGGAAAUUGCGACGGUCAGUUUCGCUAGAUUAUUGCCGAGUUUUCACUGCUUCUGUCACGUCUCUCAAACGAUCAUGUGAUUUGAAGAAGGAAUUAGCAUUCAUUAAACGCGACCAUCUAUGUACUAAUAAUUACUGUAGACUUAUUGUUAGUUCUAUGGCUAAAAUUAAGUUUUUCGGAAUUCUUCUGAAUUUAUGACCUGUAACCUGAGUUGGCACUAAUCUUAAUAAUUAGUCCAUGCUGCGCAUGGUUGGUUAUAUUUCCCUGAUACAGGAUGUAAUCCUGCAAUACCUUGUGUAUAUGUAAAUAAGUGUUUUCAAUUUUGUAAUAACAUUAUUUUGGCGUUCCUUCUCUACCUAACUGAAAUCCAGAAUUAAAAUAUUGGAGUCGAUAAAAUUCUGUAUGACAAAUGGACGUAUUUCUGCCAAACGGAGCUAUAUGCAUUGAGACAUGAGCCCUGAGAACAAUAAGAAUAUAUGCAUAACAGGGAUCAUAAUGCACAUAGUUCUCUUUGGCAGAAAUACGCCUAAAUACUCAUUAUAUGAGAUCACUACUAUAAGACAUCCAUAGAUAUUGAGAUAUUAUCCAGAGAUUGUGCGAUAGCACUACAGAUGAAAAAAAGAUGAGAGUGAAGUAGAUUUCUCCUUCUCUUCUUUUCCAAUUUACUAUUAGGUGACACUCAUUUUUAAGAUUUCGAUGUAUUUUCCAUGGCUUAUGCUCUCUUUUAACCUUAUUUGAAACCUAUCACUAACUUUUGCUGUUGUAGGUAAAUUUUGUAAGAAGACGUUCCUUCGACGAUUGAGAUGAACGUAGGGAUUUCGUUUGUCUUAUUUCCUUGUGGAAAAAUUGUGGACAAUUGUCCCUGUAGAAAUUUCAGGUUUCAUUUCAGCUGGCGUAACUGGAUUUCAGUUUUUUUUUAAUUUUAACGGUUUGUUGUGUAAAUAGAAAGUUUUUGUUCUAAACAUAUUAAAUAUGUUGUAUUAUUUUUGGAUUUUUAAAUCAUUUUUUUAAAGUAUGAUUAAAAUUUAAGUGGAUGACAUUA